CUUUGUAUGAACCCCAUCAGCUUUCUACUUUACUACCUUACACAAAAGUCAAACGAUUCCUGUCCCAUUGAUAUCCUCAUUACCCUGACACAUCUUGACUGGCCCUUUUCCUCACCGACAUUCGAACCCGCGUCAUUCUCAUCAGGAAAGAACGGAAAGAAACAUCAACCAAGACGGCGGCCUGCAGUACCAAAGCCAGCCCCUUUUUCAAAUAACCAGAAAAGAAAACAAAAGAAACAAUGGCAUCCCAAUCAAAAAUGUCCAACAUGCCCGCUCACGGCAGCGUGCUCGACAUUGGCGGCGGAAGCAUGUCCUCCACCAUCCUCGAGGACCUCCAGCGCCACAAUGACGCCGGUGUCGGCAGCAGCGGGGAAGCCCCGACCAUGCCCGACGAGCUGCUGUACAACGACGAGGGACUGGCCAUCUGGGCGGAAGUCAUCUUCACCCCCGAGUUCUACCAGACCCGCGACGAGAUGGUCCUGUUUGAGAAGAAUAGCGAGGAGAUGGCGACCGUCUAUAUUCCCAACGAUGCCACCAUGAUUGACUUGGGAGCUGGUGACAUGCGCAAGGUCAACUUCCUCCUAAAAGAACUCGCCAAGCACGGCCGUAACGCCACAUACCUCGCCCUCGACAUCUCGAACCACUCCCUCACCUGCAACCUCGAGGCCCUUGCCCCUGAGCAUGCCGCCGGCAGCGUCCGCAUGGCCGGCCUCUGGGGUGACUUCAAGGCAGGCCUCGCCUUCUGCGAUGACAUCCCCUCCCCUCGAGUCUUCCUCUCUCUGGGUUCCGUCCUCUUCAACGACCCUUGGAAGAAAGCUGUCGCCUCUCUCCGUGAGUGGGCUGCCCUCAUGCGCCCGGACGACCUCAUCCUCGCCGGCAUGGACGGCCACGAUGUCACCUCGACCAAAGUCUGGGCUGCUUACCACACUCACCCCAUUCUGUUUGAGAGAUUCUUCCACAAUGGCUUCAAGCACGCCAACGUCCUCCUUGGCGAGGAUGUCUUCAAGCCCGAGGACUGGGAUAUCUGUGGUGAAAUCGAGGAGGACGAGAAGCGCCACCGCUUCUUCCUCAAGGCAAAGCGCGAUGUUGUUGCCGAGAAGGAGGGUAAGACGCUGAAGCAGGGUCUCGAAAUCGACUGGUUCGACGCUCACAAGCGCAACGAGGAGGACGUACACAACAUGUGCGCCGAGGCGGGCCUCGAAGUCGUCAAGUCGUGGGCUAUUGAGGGUUCCGACAUGCGACAGUACCUCAUGCGCACUGCUGCCAUUGAGAACUCCAUUGACGAGACGGAUAGUGCCAUCUACGUACGCGGGGAGUAA